UUAACUGGGGGUUAUUAUGAUGCCGGAGACAAUGUGAAGUUCAAUUUUCCGAUGGCCUACACCACCACCAUGCUGUCAUGGAGCACGCUCGAAUAUGGGAAGCGGAUGGACAGCCAAAGCCAAUUAGCAAGCGCAAGGGCUGCAAUACGAUGGGGCACUGACUACCUUCUCAAGUGUGCCACUGCCACGUCUGGUAAACUAUAUGUUGGUGUGGGUGAUCCCAACGCAGACCACAAGUGCUGGGAAAGGCCUGAGGACAUGGACACAGUUCGGACUGUGUAUUCGGUCUCUUCUAGCAACCCUGGCUCGGACGUGGCGGCGGAGACUGCUGCUGCUUUAGCCGCUGCUUCCCUGGUUUUUAAAAAGGUUGAUUCCAAGUACUCGGAGCUGCUAUUGAAGACAGCAAAAAAUGUUAUGGAAUUUGCAAAGCAAUAUCAAGGCGCUUAUAGCGAUUCCCUCGGCUCUGCAGUCUGUCCAUUUUAUUGUUCAUAUUCUGGAUAUAAGGAUGAACUGGUGUGGGGAGCUGCAUGGCUCCUAAGGGCGACCAAAGAUGUUUCUUACUUGAAUUUCCUAAAAUCAGUGGGAGAUAAUGAUGCAACAGAUACCUUCAGCUGGGACAGCAAAUUGCCUGGUGCUCUUGUUCUUCUAUCAAGGCAAGCCUUGCUUAGCAAUGACAAGGACUUUGAUCCAUUCAAACAACAAGCUGAAGAUUACAUAUGCAAGAUUUUGCCCGACUCUCCCUACUCAACUACAAAAUAUACACAAGGCGGGCUAAUGUUCAAGCUACCUGACAACAACCUUCAGUAUGUUACAGCCGCAACAUUCUUGCUCACAACUUAUGCCAAGUACAUGGCCUCUACGAAACACACGUUUAACUGUGGGAGUCUUUCGGUCACUCCGAGUUCACUAAGAACCCUUGCAAAGAAACAGGUUGAUUAUAUAUUAGGAGAAAACCCACUGAAAAUGUCAUAUAUGGUAGGAUAUGGGCCAAAUUUUCCAAAGAGAAUUCACCACAGAGGAUCUUCCAUGCCGUCGUUGACAAGCCACCCACAAACCAUCGGUUGCCAAGGCGGUUUUGACCCCUUCAUGCAUUCAACAAGCCCUAAUCCUAACAUAUUGACAGGAGCCAUUGUUGGGGGUCCAGACCAGAACGAUGGCUUCCCAGAUGAUCGGGGCGACUACAGUCAUUCAGAACCUACCACCUAUAUAAAUGCUGCUAUUGUUGGACCAUUGGCAUACUUUGCUAAGAGCAGCUCCACUACUUGA